CCACCGAGCUCACUUUUCUUUCUUACCUCUUUCCAGCAUCUUGAAGGCCAGUUCGGGCCAACUACUACACCUUCCUAAUCUGGACCGCUUACUUCAUUCGCUCGCGCCGCGCGUGCAAGUUGCAGCAAUGGCCGUGCUCAGGGCAAAGUCUCUACCUUCCACUCCACCAUGAGCGCGGCCUAUCCAAUCCUCCGUACGCGGCCAUUUGUUCCACAUAUCCGCACAACAUGUUCGUCAUGUAACACUUCUCUUGAGUUCGCGCUCCCGACGCCCAUCCCACCACCCUCAACCCAUCUUCGGGUGCAGUGCUGCAAGUGCCAAAACACGUACUCGCACGCGUUCUACCCUGCCCAGGUCCCGCAGGGUGUUCUGCCUUCGGGGAGCGGAACUGGAUCUUCAAAUAAUGAGCACGCCAAUACGAGUCUCAGGAAGGGGCGCAAGAUCGGCACUCAGGAGAAGCCGCUCGAAACUGGGUACUACGAUUUGCUAGGCGUACCAGUUGAUGCAUCGACGGAGGAUAUCAAGAAAGCUUAUCGUCGGCUGGCAAUCAAACACCACCCCGACAAGAACCCCGAUGACCCCCAUGCCGAAGACCGCUUUAAGGAGAUCGCGAUCGCUUACCAGACCCUCUCGGAUCCAGCGCUGCGGAAGAAGUACAAUGAGUAUGGUCCCAAGGAGAGCGCUCCCGACGGAGGUUUCAUGGACCCUGAGGAGGUGUUUGGUGCCAUGUUCGGCGGCGAACGCUUCGCGCCAAUCAUCGGUCAGAUUAGCCUCGCACGUGACAUGAAGUCCGCGCUACAGGAGGCGGAAGAGGCAGAAGAGGGUAAGGUGGUUCAGCGGGAUGCGAAAGGGCGCGAGAUUAUCAGUGAUGAGGAGAAGGCAAAGAGAGACGAGAAGGAGAGGAAGGUUGCUGCCGAGAAAGCAGCGGCGCGUCAAGAGCGUGUUGACAAGCUUGUGGAGAACCUGGAGCGCAAGCUUAGCAUCUUCACGGAGUCAGCGCACGACGUGGAAGUUACGCGCUCAUUCCGUCAGAUAUGCGCACUGGAGGCUGAAGAUUUGAAGAAAGAAUCAUACGGAUAUGAACUCCUUCAGACCAUCGGCUUUGUGUACAUGGCCAAAGCGAAACACCACCUCGCUUCUAAUCAAACAUUCCUUGGCGUUGGUGGCUGGCUACACAAUGUGCAGGGCAAGUACCACGUUUUUAGCGAAACCGUAUCAACUCUCCGUGCAGCGAUUGAGCUCAAGGGCGUCUUCGACCAGAUACAAGCCGCCGAAAAAGCUGGAAACCUUACGCCGGAGGAGAAGCAGCGGCUUGAAGAGCAGGCUGCCGAGAAGGGUGUUCAGGCUCUGUUCAAGGGCGCGAAACUUGAGAUUGAGUCCGUCCUACGCGAGACAUGCGACCGCAUACUCGAGGACCCGAAGGUCUCGCGCGACAAAGCCCAGCUGCGUGCCAUUGGCCUGCAGAUCCUCGGUGAGGCAUACACCGCCGUCCGCAAGGACGAAUCAACCGACGAAAGUGAAUACGUUCGAGUCGAUACGAGGCACAGUCGGGAACGCGAUCGCCAGCGCAGCAACUAAGCUACCCUAUCUUUUGUCUCUCCUCUUGCCCACGAUUCUCACUUAGCACGGAUUUAUGACGUGCCGCCCAUGUACUUUCUUGUUCAAUGUGACGCCCAUAUCAGAAUACAAGUAGCCUAAUGACCGCAUCCAUAUGUGUAUAUCUAUCCGCCCCUGGUUAUACCGAUUGUCACAUACAUCUUCUACGUAGAGACCGCAUACAUUCAAUCCAUUGAAGAGCUAGCGAUACUGCAUCUACGUCUACC